AUGGGUAUAAUCUAUGUGUUCUUUGUGUUGUUACAAAUUAGUUAUGGAUUUAGUGCCAAUAUUAAGACAAAACGUGUUUGUAUUAUUGGAGCCGGGAUAUCAGGGAUAUCCUCAGCUAGGUACUUAAAGGAAGAAGGAAUUAACUUCACAGUUUUUGAAGCAACGCGGUAUCUCGGAGGCACUUGGCGUUAUGAUCCUCGUGUGGGCACUGACGAAAAUGGUUUACCUUUACACACCAGCAUGUACAAAGACUUAAGAACCAACCUUCCGAAGCCGACCAUGGUGCUCGGAGGAUAUCCGCUACCAAAAUCUUUGCCGUCAUUCCCAUCAUGGAAGGAUUACUACCGUUAUAUACAGGAUUAUGCAGAACACUUCGAUGUUGUGAAAUACAUUAAGUUUCUGCACAAUGUCAUUUUAGUGAGCAGAAAGGAUGAUACAUGGAAAGUAAAAUAUGAACACGUAAUCACAAAAGAGGUGUUUGAAGAAGAGUUUGAUUACGUCAUUGUUGGCAAUGGACACUGUAGUAAACCAAAAAUGCCAAAUAUUCCUGGUGAAAAUCUAUUCAAAGGUACGAUAAUCCACAGCCACGAUUAUAGAGUAACGGAUCCUUACAAAGACCGUCGCGUACUGGUAGUAGGAGGGGGCCCUUCAGGUAUGGACAUCGGGUUGAAUGUGGCCGAGAUUAGCAGGUCUCUUAUUCACAGCCGACAUUCUAGGGUUAAAUUCAGAACGCAAUUCCCAUCUAAUUAUGUGGAGAAGCCAGAUAUAAAAGAGUUCAAUGAGACGGGAGCAAUAUUCGUCGAUGGAACAUUUGAAGAAGUGGAUGACGUUAUUUAUUGCACGGGUUUCGAAUACAACUACCCGUUUUUAGAUGAAACAAGUGGUUUAACGAUAAAACCGAAAGUCUUGUAUCCACUUCACCGACACAUGGUGAAUAUCAGGCAACCUACAAUGGUCAUCUUUGGACUAACCAUUAGAGCAUGUUUAGUGGUCGCCAUAGAUGCACAGGCUCGGUACGCAACGGCACUAAUAAAAGGUAACUUCACUCUGCCUUCCGAGGCUGAGAUGAUGCGAGAGUGGGAGAAACAAAUGGCACACAUAUCUAAACAUAAACUACCCUCGUCUCAUAUACAUGUGUUGGCACAAAAAGAGGACGAGUACUACGCGACCCUCUCCGCCGAUUCGGGUAUAUACCGAGUACCUCCUGUCAUAUACUACAUUCGAGCGAAGGAUAAUGAGGCGAAGCUAGAGAAUCUUUAUACAUACAGAGAUUAUGAGUACAAAGUCAUUGAUGAUCAUACCUUCACUAGAAGGCUACAAAGAAAAUCCUAA